CGCGGGAGCGCGCGCGCGCGGCGGCGGCGGCGAGUUCAGGGAAAGUUCGCGACGGCCGCGCUGCGGGAGGGCGAUGACCGUCGUCGAGGCGGAGGCCGGAGCUCUGGGUCUGGGAUGUCGCGCCCGGCGUUGCCGGUGACCGCAGCACGGACAGCGGCUGGCCGCGGUUGCGAGGAGGCUAUUCGGCGGAGUCAGAGGAAGGGUCAAGGUGCAAGUAGACAAGGAGCCGGAUGAGAAUGAAGAGAUGAAAUGAUUUCCUGGCUCAGUAACAGCAAUGGGCUGCGGGAUAAGCAAAGUGCUUCCCGAGCCAACUAAGAACUUCCAUUUGGAUCUCGUCAAAACUGUGGAGCCAUACACUGGCCAAAAUGGAGAUAAAUACAAGCACUUUAUUAAAGACAAUACCGCCAAGAAUCGGAACAAGAAUGAUGCACCUCCACCUCAUCAAACUAAUGCCCACCAACAGAGUGGGCAUUGGGACCAGCAAAAUGAUCCUCGUAGGAAUAAAGUGGCAAAAUAUCGUGCCAAAUUUGACCCCAGAGUGACUGCAAAGUAUGACAUCAAGGCCUUGAUUGGGAGAGGAAGUUUCAGCCGGGUUGUCAGAGUGGAGCACAAAAGCACCAAACAACCUUAUGCAAUAAAACUGAUUGAGACAAAGUACAAGGAAGGCAGGGAAGUCUGUGAGUCUGAGCUCAAUGUCCUCCGGAGAGUGAAGCACACAAAUGUUAUACAACUUAUUGAAGUAUUUGAGACUCAAGAGCGAGUGUAUAUGGUAAUGGAGCUUGCUACUGGAGGUGAACUCUUUGACAGGAUCAUAGCCAAAGGUUCCUUUACUGAGCGUGAUGCCACAAAAGUGUUGCAAAUGGUUCUUGAUGGCGUUAAAUAUUUGCACAUUCUAGGCAUCACACAUAGAGACCUGAAACCUGAAAACUUGCUGUAUUAUCACCCAGGUGCUGAUUCUAAAAUUAUGAUCACAGAUUUUGGAUUAGCAAGCACUCGAAAGAAAGGUGACGACUGUCUCAUGAAGACGACCUGUGGCACCCCAGAAUAUAUUGCUCCUGAAAUCCUUGGGAGGAAGCCUUACACAAAUUCUGUUGACAUGUGGGCAUUGGGUGUAGUUUCUUAUAUUUUAUUGAGUGGAACCAUGCCCUUUGAAGAUGAUAAUCGUGCUCGAUUAUACAGGCAAAUACUGAAGGGAAAAUAUAGUUACUCGGGAGAGCCAUGGCCCAGUGUUUCGAACCUAGCCAAGGAUUUUAUUGAUCGACUUCUCACUGUGGAUCCGAAUGAGAGACUGAUUGUGGGCCAAGCCUUGAAACAUCCUUGGAUAGUAAGCAUGGCAGCCUCCUCGUCAAUGAAAAAUCUGCAUCGCUCCAUCUCUCAGAACCUAUUGAAGAGAGCUUCAUCUCGAUGCCAAAGCACCAAGUCCGCCCAGUCCACAAGGUCUAGCAGGUCCACAAAAUCUAACAAGUCGCGGAAAGUACGAGAGCGGGAACUGCGAGAGCUAAAUUUACGGUACCAGCAGCAGUGUGAGGGAUGAAAAGAGACUUGGAGCUUUUUCACAUAAUGUUGCCUUUCACUGUGCACUUUCUAUUCAUGUAACUUUCAGCAGCACAUUGACUAUUUUGGAUUCAGUGACUUGUUAACUUGGAGAGAUUGGACAAACCACUUUUGCAAUUUAACAAGAUCUGUCAGAUCUCUUUUCCAAAAUUCACUGCUAAUUCAUGAGAAAUGGUUAUAUGCUGAGUGUUCAAAUGUGGUGAAUAAUAAUUGAGCCAAUAAGACUGUUUCCAACUAAAUUAGCAUGUAUGUAAUUAAAUGUACUGGCCAUUUUACAGGGUAAAAUUAGAUUGCAUAUCUCAAAUUUGUCUGAAGUGCUGGAAAUAUCAAACCUCUUUGUUCUUGUUAUAUUUCAUAAUUUCCAAUUAAGUCAAUUUUUAAUAUCGCCUUUGUAAUUAAAAUUAUAUUUACAAUAUUUUUUAAUAAUGUAAUCUGCUAACAAUGGCAAGCCUUUUAUACCUUAAAUGAAUUGAAAUGUAGUAAAGUGAAUAUUAUGAUUCGGCAAAUGGAAACCUAGUUUCUUGCUGAAAUGUUUGAAUUAGGUGCGCAAGAAACAGGCACAAACGUAGUAUUCACAAGUGCUUUCCCCCAGUAUCAACUCUCAUACUACUGAACAUCUUUCUUUGCAAUAAAUAGUGAAAAUACCACUUCCCUUCUGUUUUUUAGGGCUUAGCAUUGUUCCGAUGCACUCAGAUUUUACCAUUACAAGCUGGGGCCUAGUGUCCAUCACUGAUCUCAAGUAAAGGUCUAGUGACCUCUGAUAUGAAUUCAUUUUUCAGAAUUGGUUAAUGUUCAGAGUAUUCUGGCACCUUGCAACAGUGAUGUUCAUCUGGCAGACUGAGCAGGCAAUCUCAAAGGCAGUGAAUAUGAGUUUUU